AUGCCUUUCCGUAACAUGUUCAGAUUCUGGGGACACAAAACCCACCCGAAAACGACAUGGCACUGCAGCGAGUUGCAUACUUCGAACGGCGAGCAUAAGAACAGCCAUGUAACCGGUUCCAACUCUCAUGUGACCCUGAUGACUUCGGCUUCGGACACGUCAUCUUCGACGAAAAGAAACGUGACCACCUCUGCCGCCGUUGCUGGCACGGUCGCUGCUGAACGGUCCAACAGACAAUCGCCAGGACUGUUUCAUGAAAGUGGCGUCGUCGAUGACCAUGUGAUCGUACCGAAGACCGAACAACCUCUUCGUUACUGCGACGACGACGACGACUUGGGCAUCAUGUCUGAGGUGGAGACGUCGUGCACAUCCGGCAAGACCGCUCGUCGGAACGGUCGCCACAAAGCGCCGUCCUCGCCGGCGAACGCUGCCACCUCCAACGCCAUCAGCACCAGCAUGAGUGCUUCGAACAUCCCCGAAGACUCGGACAAAAACGCAAUCAAUCCUCGAGAGGCAUAUUCAAGACAGCAGGGCGUCACUCAUUUCCGCGAAAUAGGGAACAUUUCGAACUAG